GAGGAGGAUGAUCGGCUGAAGGUAGAAAGGAGGGGAGGAUGAUCGGCUGAAGGUAGAAAGGAGGGGAGGAUGAUCGGCUGAAGGUAGAGAGGAGGGGACGAUGAUCGGCUGAAGGUAGAGAGGAGGGGAGGAUGAUCGGCUGAAGGUAGAGAGGAGAGGAGGAGGAUCGGCUGAAGGUAGAGAGGAGGGGAGGAUGAUCGGCUGAAGGUAGAGAGGAGAGGAGGAUGAUCGGCUGAAGGUAGAGAGGAGAGGAGGAUGAUCGGCUGAAGUUAGAGAGGAGAGGAGGAUGAUCGGCUGAAGGUAGAGAGGAGGGCAGGAUGAUCGGCUGAAGGUAGAAAGGAGAGGAGGAUGAUCGGCUGAAGGUAGAGAGGAGGGGAGGAUGAUCGACUGAAGAUAGAGAGGAGAGGAGGAUGAUCGGCUGAAGAAGACGCCAUGGAAGUGUCGGAGUGCAGUCCUCAGCGCCAUUCCCUCCUGGAUGCCAUCCACCGCUUUAACACCGCCACAACCAUCAUGGAUGAGACCAUCAUGGUGCCCAGCAUGUUACAGGACAUCACUCCGACCAAAGAGCAGGAAAUGCCCACGAAAUCCACGGAUCUGCUUGGCCAGGACAAUAACCUCUACGACUCCUAUCUCCUCCUGAAGUCUCUGAGGAACGACAUGAAAUGGGGUGUUCAUCGUGAAAACGGGGUGACAGGAGGUCAAAGCCCAGACAGGGAGGCCCCAGAGGAGGAGACCAGUGACCUUGUGGACCAGUUCCAGCACCAUUUACGAGGCCUCCUGUCUGUCCUGACUAAGCUGACCAAGAAGGCCAAUCUCCUGACCAACUGCUACAAGAAGGAGGUGGAGGCCGGGACAGCUGGACCCUUCUCUACCAACCAUUAUUACUGAGUCCUUGGUUAUAACGGACUCACUUGGUCUCUUCACAACAGUAGACAACUCCUCUGAAGGUUCCUGGUAGUGACUGUAGAGCCCGGAGGACCAAUGUGGACACCAGGGGCAGGUUCUGGGACCUGACUCCGGCCUCCUUGGUUUUCAUUCUUCACUUUAGUGUUUGUCCAGGAUUAUUCCAGAAGCAGCGCUGCCCCGUCCUCAGGUUGUGUGCGGUAUUACAGAUCAGUUCCAUUAAAGUGAUUGGAGCCAAGUUGUAAUACCACACAGAACCUGAGGACAGGAGUGGCACUGUUGAAGAGACCAGAGCCAUGUUUUUAUAAUGCUGGAGAACCCCUUUAAGCCGCUGUCUCUAUCCAUCCAUGUCAGGUUCUCCAUAAUAACAGAUCUGAUCACUUUUGCAAAGUUAUGGACGAUGUAUUUUUCUAUUUCAUGUCCUUUUGAGCCUUUUGUUAUUGCUUUUUAAAGAUCGACGUUUAGA